AUUCAGUUCCUCAUCACAUGAGUCGCCUGUAAGAAAACCUUCUUUCAGUUCAUCCUCUGAUUCUAGAAAUAAGCCAACCUACAGCUCCACUACCAGCUCUCAGAGUUCCAUUCUCUCCUCUCCAACCCAUGUCCCCAUAAAAAACUAUGGGGCUCUUUCACCAGAUCAAAGCCCAACUCGUUUCUAUGGGCACUCACGAACCCCUUUGUCACCAGAGAGUAGCCUCAGGCAGAUCAUUAGUGGACUGCCAUCCAUCAAAAGCCCAAGUCCAAGCCCAUUCAGCCAAAUCAGUUCCACCAGAAACCCAACCAGCCCAACGACUUUAACCUCUUCUACCCAAGAGGCAACAAAUUUCACCAAAUAUGGCCGACCAUCAUCUCCAAAAUCUGAGAGCUCAACAUUGAAUGCUGAUCGUUCCAGUGCAUUUCCUCAACCCCUAGGUUGUAUUUAUUCACAAAGUUCUUCAAAAACAGC